AUGGAUGACAAAGGUGCACUGCGUGAGGCGACGGCGACGGCGACUUCUUCAACAUUCCUGCUAGGGUUGACGUUGGCAGAGAAGAAGAACGUCACCGAACAAACGGUCGAAACGCCAACCGCAGCAAAGGAAAAGCGCCAAACCGAGCAUGAAACGCGUGCGGUCCCACUGUCGCUAAUUGCCGCCCGUCGCCAGCAGGCUCUACAUCACCAGCAACAGCAGGAGUACUAUCAGAGCGAGGAAGGUUCGUUCUAUGCCGCACAACCGGCCGCCGGUCAACCGCCGGUCGCUUACAAAUCGUCCGGUGGUGCACACAAAACGGCCAACUCGCAGGAACAACCACAAUACCAGGAGCUACCUCCCGAGUACAUCAGUCUGCUCCAUCAACUUGCGGAACACCAGCCAAAGGCAUCGGCAUUGAAGCAAGGCAAGGCCGUCAGUCAGCAGUACGAGCCCCAGAGUCACGCUCAGCACACGAAACCGAACCAGGUCCAGUACAUUACCGAGGAGGAGUAUGCGCAGCUACUAAAGCAAGCCCAGCAACAGCAAGGUCCUGCUGCGGCUCAUCAUCAACAUCACCACCAGCACCAGCAGCCACCGCAGGGCCUGCAGGCGUACGGACGACCGGCCGCCGCUCACGGUGCCCCCACAGCUGCUCACAAGUAUCGGCCAGCAAUUCAACUGCUAGAAACGGCCGAAGAACAGCCGGGAUCGUAUGGGCCCCAGGACGGUGAGCAGUACCGUAUCCAGUACAAGAGCAUCCAACAGGCCGGCACAGUGACGCCCGUCCAGAAGCCAGUUAGCUCUUUUUCCUUCGAAAAUGAACUCGCUAAGCUGGUGGAGUCGAAUCGCCCGCUAGCGUACCAUCAGGUGCCGCACCAUCCCGGACGCCAGCAGCACGACAGUCAGCACGAUGCCCAACGGUAUGGUCCCACGCCAAGUCCCCAGUCGCACGAGUACACGUACGUCCAGGCAGGUCCCGCACAUGGUCGUGAACCGCAACCGCCAAAGCAAUCGAUCAAAGCGCAGUACAUUGCACCGUUUGCACAGGGUUUGCAGCUGUCCGGUCCGAAGAUAAGCCCGGCUCACCUGCAGGUUGGUCCGCAAAAGUUCGUCGACAGUGCUCCACCCGCACAGAAGUACCAGUUCAUUGCCCAACCCGAGUCGGUUCCAUCGAAGGCGCACCAUCACCACCAACAGCAGCAACAGCAGCAUCAGCACCAUCAUCAUCAGGCACCGGCACACCAAGGCCAGCAGUACUUUGCUGAGGUAUCGCCGAAGCAGCAGGCUGGAACACCGUCGCCAAAAAUUCAGUACUACAUACCGAAGGAGAAGAACGUGCAGAUCUACUACCAGCAGGCCCAACAGCAGCAACAGUCCGUGAUCGAGCAGCAUUCGCCACAGCAUCCAAUGAAGAUCGUCGAAGCACCGCAGCUGCAGAACGAGAAGCCUCAGAAAACCGUUCAAUCGCUCCACCGUUCCAAGCCUGCCGAGCAGCAGCAAGUGCACCAGCAUCGCUAUGCUCCUCGCGAAAAGCAGCCGGAAUCGGCCGCCGAUCCACAUGCACCGUCCCGUUCGGCCAUCUUCGUUUCGCAAUCCACCGGUGUUAACCAGGCAACGGCGGCAGCCACUCCGGCCCCAUCGGCCCAUCCGCACAAGAUUCCACCGAAAAUUGAUCGACCACUAACCCAGGAAGAGUUCCAAGCACUGGUAGACGCAGGAUAUUCCGUAGUGCCCGUGCCGGUACCCGUUCCCGUGCCAAUCUCUCAGUACCAGCAGCAAGCGGCGCAUCAUGCCGGACAUGGCGGUGCGCCACAUCCGGGACCGCGAGGUGGUCCACAUCCCACACCGGCCGUCGUUGCCCGACAGGCUGCACAAGCAUCCCGCUACCACCUUCAUCAGCUAGCGACGGCAGAAAACAACCCGAAUCAGGUUGUCACAUACCUGCGCCCCUUACAUCUGGAUCCGUUUUCGGCCGGUGUUCGAGGACCGCAUAAAGCUGCUCCCUGA